AUGGAACUUCGCGACCGUGGCAUCGCCUCUGCCAAAACACGAUAUUCAGCCAACGGGCCAGGACUCUGGACGCGACAAGCUUCAGAUAACGAGCCAAUUCCUGAACCUUCACAUCGUUUUGAAACAAUUUCGCUAUCACCAGAGGGAAAAUCGAAACGAAACAGAGAGAUAGAUAAUAUGCGUCCAAAGAGAAAUAGGGCGGCCGCGUCCAAAAUGGACACAACAAACAGUGCAAUCAGCAGCCAAGCACAAAUAGGAAUGAACCAAAAUCAGAAUCAUGCAGAGAGAGGACGAGCGCCGGAAAAUAAGAACGAAGAAAGAUUCAAUGGACGAGAAUCUAGCCAUGGGGAACCUACAUCGUCUUCAGAUGAUGGGAAUGGCAGGCGCUAUUCAUUCAGCAAUCAUAGAAACGAGCCAACAUUUCUCGAUCGCAUAAGAGUUCUUCCCGAAAUGCGCGACUUACCAUGGCGUAGCGGUCAAUCAUUACCACCGGAAAAAUCAACUGAUAGUCAACGCGUUCAGCAGAGAGGUGCAUGGAAUCAAGAUGCCAGGGCUUUGAGAUAUGCAAAUGACCCGUCAACCAAACGAAAUAGAAGAGAAGCCAAAAAGAGACCACAUGAUGACGACGACAGCAUAUUUAACAGAUUUAAUUCACCUGGCCAUUAUGUCAGUCCCUACCCACCUCUUCCAUCUAUACCACGACCACCGUUGAGAACACCAGGAUUGAGGCAAGCAGAAGAUGCGGAAUUGGACUCCUUGCUACAGGCUCAGAUCGCCCGCGAAGAAUUUGAUCAAGGCAAUCUCGAUGAAGGGGAAUCAAUGGGGAAUGGGCAGCAGGCGCGAGCUGCUCCAAUCGUGAUGCACCGUCCACGAUUUUAUCCACCCCUUACAAACAGACAACUUGCCCAGCCGAUACACACCAUUCCCAAUGGCCAGAUUACCAGAAAUCCUAUCGCGGCUGGUAGUCCCCAUAUGACGGAGAAAUCUCUUAUUGGCGAAUCGUCGAAGAGUACACAAAGGCAAUUGUUUACCGUUAUGAGCGGGGUUCAAGGGGGGCUCCAGCAACUACAAAAAGAACUGAACUCAUUGAAGGCAGUUCUUGGGUGGGAUGUGGAAUAUGAAGAAACAGGAGUCGAUCGUCGACAACAAACGUCUUUGCGCAAAGACGGUCAACCAGGGCCAUGA